GUUCUGUCCUGACUCCCUUCACAGCCAGGGCCGGAUCUACCAUUAGGGCACACGGCACUGUGCCCAGGGGCCCCAACCAUUCCCAGCCAGUGGGGGGGCACCACACGAAAGAAACUUUUUUUUAAUUUAUUUUUUUUAUGAAUGUUUGUUCUCUUAAAAUAGUUAUACAUGGUAUUAUUAAAUAGGGUAUUCAUUUAAAAUUCAUUAUUCAAACGAAUGUCAUAAGAACAGCAAUAUAAUGAUUCUGAACAAUAUAGUGGCCUAAUGUGACAGUUAACCCCCCUCCCAUAACCUGUCAAUUGAGCCAGUCCACCUAUGGUGAAAAAAAAAAAAACGCGGUAGAGAUGAAAAAUUGAUGAAAAAUUGACAGUCACAGACAUGAUGAGACAUCAACUGAGUGGUUUCGCUUUUUUCCUGAUUUUUUUCGGGGAGGGGGGGGGGCCUUCAGACAUUUGUACCCAGGGGCCUAUGAUUUGUUAAUCCGGCCCUGUUCACAGCUUCCUCCAGUGGUAGGGAACAGUCGCGCUUGUCUGUCCCAAUGCACUGGGCCUUCACAGCUUCCCCCAGCACUCCGUCUAGGGCAACACAGCGCUGGGGUCUUUGCUAACAUGCGAGUACUGCUUCAUACGUGGGUUGAGGAGGAGAGGUUCUGCAACAUCAACACCGUUUGAAAAGAAUCCCUGGAGAGGUCAGACGAUGGCGAUGGCGGUCAGUGGGUCCAACUCGCCAGGGUCUUCUGCGCAAACGGUGUUGUUGUUGCGUGCCACCAUGUUCAAACAACAAGUGCAUUUAGCAGUACUCAGUCAGAGAGUAGCAGAGUGGGACGGUUCUCCUAUAACAGCCGGACACAAUGUGUUCAGGACAAAUGUUUUGCAUUCUUAUGUAUCUAAACCAACGAAGAUUUCAGCCAAACAUUUAAAUUUAAGUCCAAAGUCAGCACCAAACACAAGGUAUUGCAAUUGCUGUUUUCAGAUUGGACAAAUGUGUGUGGUAAGAGAUGUAACACAUGCUAUGUACAGCGGUUAUAGUAUUGUAGUACGGUAUUAGGCCAGACAUCAGCCGUCCCUUCUGAUUGGAUAUUAUACUUGGUCUUUAACCAUUAAGAUCCACUGAUUGACACAACCAUGUGCUAUUGCUAACCAUAUGCAUAUGCUAACCAUUGUCUUUCUUAUCGCCGCGGGAUACACACAUGUUGCCGCGCAUCAUCCUACCGCCUCUUUCAAAUGUCAAAUGUCAUGUGUUGUAUUCAAAUUAAUUGUAAUGUUUAACUUUUAUAAUAAGACUACCUUAUAACCCUAUACUCCAGCUAUGUCUUUCUUUCUUAACGUUCCGGAAAAACUCCAUUGUUUACUCAACGGACAUCGUCGAAUGCCUAACUUAAAAACGGACAGACUAACGUCAUAUAUUCCAGUAUAUUAAGCGUGUACAUCCGUGCGGCAUAUAGAUAAUCGCUUCAUUCACAGAGCGCAUUACAACACCACCGGCCUUUCCAUCUGUCCUGUCUGUAUGUAUGUAUGUAUGUUUGGAAUAUUUCGAAGCUGAAGUCCCAUGUUUGGAAUAUACCUGAAGCUUCUUUCCCAUGUUGUGUCCACGAUGUUCUUGCUCCAUUUGGCAUUGCACUCACAUGGUCUGUUCGUGUCCUCGCCAGGAUAGACUUGAUUGUGGGGCCGCCUGCCCCAUCUACACCUCGACAUAAGAAGUCCGCAGACGGCCCUAGAGUGGACCAGAUAGUGGGCAAGAGCAUGAAGGACGGAGACACCACUGAGGACGGCAGCAUGAUGGGGCGCCUGGGGAGGGUGGAGAAACAGGUGUGCUGCAUGGACCGCAAACUGGACUUCCUGGUGCACGCGUACGUGCAGCGCAUGGGCAUCCCCCGCUCAGAGACGGAGGCCUUCUUCAGCUCCAAGGAGCCCUACCCAGCACCCCCCUACCACAGCCCCGAGGCAAGGGACAAGGGCGAGCAGGAGCAGGAGAACAAGAAGAAGGAGGAGGAGGAGCAGCAGAAGGCGGAGGAGGAGGAGGAAGAGGAGGUGAGGGCUGAAAAGGAGCUGAAGGUCUACUCGGCGGUGGAGGUGAUGUGCUCGGAGGGCUCGGUGGAGCGGAGGGACACCCCGCUGGGGGGCCAGUCCGCCAACGGCUCCCUGGGGACCCCCUCCAUCAGCCACCGGCCCACCACCUCCUGGCAGCACCAGCUGCAGCACCCGCUGGCCCAGCCCGCCUGGGGCAGCAGCAUGGCCAACACCCCCUCGCCCGUAGGGGGCAGCGGGGAGCAGUCCCCCACGCUGUACCGCCUGCCGCCUCCGCCCGCCUCAACCCACGACCGCUCCGUCUCCAGCGCCCACACGGCGGGGGCUGGCGGCGGCGGCGGGGGGCGGGAGAGCGGGAGGGAGAGCGGGCGUGACAGCGGCUCCCAGAGCAGGAGGCGCCACCGGCGGCCCCGGGGCCCGCAGGAGCAGCCGGUGGCGGUGGCGGAGAGCGACACCUCGGUGUCCAUCCCCUCCGUGGACCACGAGGAGCUGGAGCGCUCCUUCAGCGGCUUCAGCAUCUCCCAGGCCAAGGAGGACUUCUUCGGGCCAUCCUUCUACGCCAGCCCCGGCGGCGGCGGGCGAGGGCGAGGCCGAGGACGGGACGCCGGGGGGGCGACGCGAUGCGCCAAGGUCCGGCCCUUCCUGGCAGAGGGCGAGUCGGACACGGACUCUGAACUGUACGCCCCCUCGCCGCAGGCGUACACCCCAGACGGGGCCUACCUGGAGAGGGGCUGGCCUGGACACCACUAGGCCCCGGAGCUGGAGGACAGAGAGGGGCCCGACAUUGGUCCCGUCCCCGGUCCCGUCCCCAGGCGCGGAGGGGGAAGCCUGCCCGGGCCGUCGAGGCUGGCUGUACCGAGCGAUGGGUGUUGCCAAGAACAUAACCCUGUGGCCCAGGGGACGGCGUGAGGGACUGUCGCCGAGGAGACCGCCACAAUACCCCCCCAGACAAAAGGUGGUCCCGGUGCUGAGGAUUAAGUUAAGGUGGACAUUAAGACGGGGGUGUGACCAGGCUAAACGGAUGAUGAUUACAUCACGAUGGUAUCCAUGAUGAAACUCAGAUCGGGAUGAGGAUUAAGAUGGUGAUAUAAUUAGUGAUAACGUUGUAAAAGAUACAUUGAAGGGGGUGAUAUUUAAUUAAAAUCCUACGGAACAAG